UCUUUUGCUUCUCUCAUUAUUCACGCAAUCUUAUUUCCCAAUAAGAAAGAUCCAUAAAUCCCACAAAAAAUAAAACACAUUUAGUUUCUUCCCCCAAUCCAUGUCGUCUAGAUGUGCCUCCGAUUUGGUCCAAACCACGCUUUCAGAGAUGAAAACCCAACAAAGGAUAGCAAUCCCAUUGGCCGCCAUGAACUUGACAUGGUUUGCCAAGAUCGCUAUCACAACCGCCUUUCUCGGUAGGCUCGGGGAACUUCAGCUGGCUGGUGGAGCACUAGGCUUGACCUUUGGAAACGUAACGGGCUACUCUUUCUUGUAUGGCUUGUCAUCGGCUAUGGAGCCGAUAUGCGGUCAAGCUUUCGGUGCUAAGAACUUCAAACUACUUCAUAAGACUCUCCUCAUGGCUAUUCUCUUGCUUUUGUUGUCUAGUCUUCCUAUUUCUGUCAUAUGGCUAAACGUUGAUAAAAUCCUCAUAUUCUUUGGCCAGCAAGAAGAAAUAGCGACGGUUACGAAGAAAUACAUGUUUUACCUUAUUCCUAGUUUGGUUGUCACUUCAUUUUUAUGCCCACUUAAAGCCUACUUGAGCUCCCAAAACAUAACCGUUCCGACCAUGAUAAGCGCGACCAUCGCCAUUGCGGUUCAUUUACCCAUGAACAUAGUUCUUUCCAAAGCUAUGGGAAUCGCGGGGAUUUCUAUGGCGGCUUGGAUAAGCGAUCUUGUGAUGGUCAUCGCGUUGAUAGUGUACGUUUUGAUAUCGGAAAAUGGAAAGGGGGGUAAGUGGGACGAAGGUGGAUGGCUAGAACAGGGACUCGAAGAUUGGACUAAGAUGCUUAAACUUUGCGGGCCAUGCUGCCUAACGACCUGCCUCGAGUGGUGGUGUGUCGAGAUUUUAGUCCUAUUGACCGGUCGUCUUCCUGACCCCAAAAGGUCAAUGGGAGUAUUUGCUAUAGUUCUCAACUUCGACUACUUGUUAUACUCCAUCAUGAUUUCCUUAGCCACGUGCGCGUCCAUUCGAGUUUCGAAUGAGCUCGGGGCUAAUCGGGCCGACGUGGCUUACAUGUCUGCCCGAACAUCUUUAGGUUUGAGCUUAGUUUUCGGGUUGAUUGGUUGUUUGGUAACUUUGGGGGCUAGAGGAAUAUGGGGGGAUUUGUUUAGCCACGAUAAGGGAAUUGUUAAGGGUGUGAAGAAAACCAUGGGGCUAAUGGCAUUGGUGGAAGUGGUCAAUUUUCCGGUUACUAUAUGUGGUGGGAUCGUAAGGGGAACCGCGAGACCAUGGUUAGGCUUGUGGGCUAACCUUGCGGGAUUUUAUCUGUUGGCUUUGCCCGUGGCAGUUAUUUUGGGUCUAAAAGUUGGGCUUGGGCUUAAAGGCUUGUUGAUUGGAUUCAUGGUUGGAAUGUUGGCUUGUUUCGGGUUGUUGUUGAUAUUUCUUGCGACGAUCGAUUGGCGGGUCGAGGCUAACAAGGCCCAACAACUUACCCAACAUGUCGUCGUCGAAGGUGAAGAAGAAAAAAAACAAGAAAACAAAAUAUCGGCUACUAAUGGUUCUUUAAUUAAUUAGUACUAUAUAAUAUUAUGUUAUUGAGCUUGAAGUUGGGAAAAUAAUUAAAUUUGUCAUAUUGAACCCAUUGAUUCGAUUUAUAAUAACAUAUAGGCAAAU